AUGAGUAACGCUACUUUCAAGCACCAGCCUUUAAACGACCCUGCUCGGAGCAUUCGGCUAGUUCGUAUCAGAGCUCAGCAAACUGCGCCGUUUCUUGGGCUGGGCCUCAGCACGCACUCAGUCGCCGACGAUAUCCAAUACUUUGCUGUCUCAUACACAUGGGGAGAUGGCGGCUUCACUGAAGACAUAAUUCUCAACGGUCACCUGAUGAAAAUCACAAAGAACUGCCGCUAUGCUCUGGAACAAAUCAACCGACAAUAUCCGGCUGACGAAUGCUCUCAAGAACCCCCAUAUCUCUGGAUUGAUUCGAUAUGCAUAAACCAGGAGGAUAAUGAUGAGAAAGGCUAUCAGGUUGCAAUGAUGGGUGAUAUCUAUGCUAAAGCAACCAAGGUGCUAGCCUGCAUUGGCCCAGCUGCGGAUGAUAGCUCAAUGCUCCGCACCCUCUUGGACGAUAUUAAGACCAAAAGCCCACAGCUUUAUGCAGAUAAAGAAAAGCUUCGAUGCGGCUAUUGGUAUUAUGAAGUCGGGAGUUGGGGAAUUGAAAAGUCCUCCUUGCAGUCCUAUUUCAAAGACUCGGUAGUAUCGCAAGACGAAUUGGCCAUCCAACUUCGCAAGGCAUGCUUUGCAUUUGCCGAACGGCGCUACUGGAGUCGGCUCUGGAUCAUCCAGGAGUUUACCGCACCAGACCGAAGCGGCAACGAUCUCGAAGUCCUUUGUGGCUAUGACAGUUGCUCAAAGGCCGAAAUCAAUCUAUGCUUCUAUCUUGCCUCAUAUCUUUACAAGCCAUGCCACAGGGACGAUGUUGACGAUGGAGGCUUCUUUGCGAACCGGUUUCCUAUUAUCCGGAGACACUCUUUCGAGACACUCAUGGAAUUCGAUUCGUCGGCGCCGAUCCCCUUUGGAGUAAUUCUUUUUACUAUCAAAGACAUCUUCCACUGCACUAAGCCAGAGGAUAGGAUAUAUGGAUUGCUCCCACUAGCCGAAUGGCCCGAUGGUAUGCCGCCAAUUCGACCCGUCUAUAACCCCACCUCUGCGUUAGACUUAGCAGAGCUUCUGCUCAGCAGUGGGGAUGAAGAAUCGCUGUUUUGCUGGACGGUCCUGGAAGCACUUGAAAUCUACCAUGAUUACGAGCCCCUAAGGACUUUAGUUGAGGCCAGGAUCAGAAUCCAAGACGCACAUGGGACCAGCAGCGGUGGGAAAUAUCCUCUCCGCGCUUCUCGUCAGUCGAAAGCUAGUGUUUUGCCCCUUCAUAAGAACGAUACAGGUCAUCUAUCGGCGUCAAUUUAUUGUUUCAACAGCGGUCCGGAUCUACCUGUAGAUCCAAUUGCGGAAGAGGCAGCUAUUCUGUACGCGCACGGCGGCAUCGGCAAGCCACAGGUAUUGAUGGCUGGUUCAAGUAUAGCUGGUUUGCUCUGUAGUGAAGCUCGGGGGGGUGAUUUGAUAAUGCACUACGGGAUGAUGGGGUCGAUCCUUGUGCUCAGACCGAGCGACCGUGAUGGCCUGUAUAGCCUCGUUGGUCAAGGACUGUUAUCUUAUGGGUUCACAUUUCCACAAGGGCUACCAUCAAGUAAAGGUGUUUUGGAAAGAAAGCUUGAAAAGGUUGAAGAGGGAGAAAAUUCUGGGAAGAAGAGAGAAACACUGAAUGCGGAGAUCGGGAAGGCGUGUCAACCUGGUCAAGCGGAUCUAGCUUGUGUGGUUGAACUCAGAGCUGAACCAAUCGAGUGGCUGAUACUCGAGGGACAGGAUUUCUCCAAGGAUCGGCGACCAGAUAAAGAUAGCAGAUUGAAGAGAUUAUCUACCAAGCUAUUCAUAGAAGCUACCAUACAGUAG